AUGGAUUCUGUGGUGGUAGGAUCCAUUGUUUCGGAAUCGCGGGGAAUGUCCCGUGGUAUAGGGUUUCAGGAUGAAGGGGGUGCUGUAUCUGCGCGGGCAUCUAUGUCUCGUUCCUCGAGAGAUGGAUAUCUGGGUAGUGGAUCGGAUGAUUCUACAUUGGGUAGGAGUCUUACGGCGGGAAAUUCUGCAUCUCGGGGAUUUGGUUCUGAUGAGGCGGUUUAG